AUGACAGGGACUUUGGAGCGUUUCUCCAGCACUUCCCAGCGACGGCGAGUAGCACCCCACCCACGAAAAAAAAACGGACCGCUGCAGGGUUUCCACCUGACAGAGUCUUUUAUGACAGGUGGAGCCCAGUGUUCGAGACGGCCCCCGACAGUCAGCAAGGUGUCAUUGCUCAUCCGAAAAGAGGGUUGGACUGCCAACUGUCCUCGUCCCGAGAACGUAGUGGCAAAGUGGAAACCAGUCAGUAGGGUGCAGGUGGAGACGGAUCCAUGGAUCCUCACUACGCUCCAUAGUCAAAAGUGGACAGGCCUGGCCCUCAAGGACUUUGGUGGCACAAAAGGACAUGGAGUUGUUGCCACCAAAGCCUUUGCCAUGGGAUCCAUUGUUUGCGAUUACCAUGGCAAGGUAAUCACAGGAGCAGAGGGCCGGAAGAUGAUGGAGUCCAUCCAGGAUGAGAUGGACUACCUUUUCUUUUUCCAUGGUGGUGGUCGGGACCUCUGCGUAGAUGCUCAGACUUUCCCGUGUGGGUGUCACCCAACAGAAGACACCAUGGGCCGGAGGAUCAAUCAUUCCUCCAAGAAGGCAAACCUGAGGCCAGUCUAUUGCAGGAUGAACUUCCCUGAAGGACAGAGGGAUGUCAUCCUGUUGCAGGCCACAAAAGACAUUGAUAUCUGUGAGGAGCUGCUGUUUAAUUACGGCGUCAAGCGCACAUCUUUUCGGGGAGAAGGACUGAACCUCGACUGGCUGGAUGAGUGAACAAAAUGCCAUUCAUUCAACACUCUUGCAAUAAUAUCUAUAUACACUG